AUGGGUAUUGAGAGGCUAUCAAAAUUGAGUAACUUGGAGGAAUUGAAUUUAGGAGGCAACAACUUCAACAACAGUAUUUUAUCAUCUUUAGCUGGUGUCUCUUCAUUAAAGCAUUUGGAUCUAAGUGGUAAUAGAUUCAAAGGAGUUGUUAAUAUUGAAGAGUUUAACAUGGUGAAAUUGUUUAAUCUUUUUCUAAGAUUACAUUCUGUGAAAGAGUUGGACAUGAGGUUGAAUGAGAUUGAUCAUUUUGUCAGCCCCAAAGGUUUGAGCAACUUGAAGGUUAUCAGUUUAAGUCAUAACAACCUCAGCAAUAGCAUAUUAUCAUCUUUGGGUGGUCUCUCUUCAUUAAAAUAUCUGUAUCUAGAAGACAUUGGAUUGAAUGGAACUGUUGAUGUUGAAGGAUUAUGUUCCUUGAAAAACUUAGAGGAGUUGUACAUAGAUUGGAAUAAGAUUGACAAAUUUGUCAACUCCAAAGAUUAUAGAGGCUUGAAGAAGUUAAAUGCCCUUUCUCUAUAUAGUGGUAUUGAAACCACUGAUGCAACCGUUUUUCUACAAUCAACAUUGAGAUUGUUCCCAUCCUUAAAGACACUUGACCUUUCGUGUAAUAGUUUUAAUCGAACAGUGAUUACUCGAGAGUUGCAUAAUUUGACCACCUUGGAAGAAUUGAUCUUGGAUUAUUCUGAGCUCCACAUAAGUUUUCUACAAACUGUUGCAACUUGCACUUUACUAAAACAUUUAUCAAUGAGAGAUUGUGAACUCAAUUACAUCUCACAAGUUCAAGGUUCUAUUUAUUUCAGAAAUUUGAAAAGUCUGGACAUGGAGCAAACUACUCUCAACCACAACUUUUCUCAAAUCUUUAAACCGAUAAUUUCUCUUAAGAAAUUAUCAUUGUCUUAUUGCGGACUCAAUGGCACAUUAUAUGAUCAAGGCUUGUGUGAGAUGGUGCAUUUGCAACAGUUGAAUAUUGACAAUAAUGAUUUGUGGGGUCCCUUACCUCCAUGUUUGGCAAAUUUGACUUCACUUAAGCACAUUCCAUCUUCUUUUGGUAAUAUGAGCUCCUUGCAAGUUUUGGACUUAUCAAAAAAUGAGUUGGCAGGCGGAAUACCUAAGCACUUGGCCAUAGGGUGCUUCUCACUGGAAAAAUUGGUGUUAUCAAACAACAAGUUGCAAGGUCAUAUAUUCUUUAAUAAUAUGAACUUGAUAAAUUUAGAAGAAUUACAACUGGAUGGUAGUCAUUUUAGUGGAGAGAUCCCAAAAAGCUUGUUAAAUUGCAAUUCUUUAGAAGUAUUGUAUCUCAAUGAUAACCAUCUCUCAGGCAAGAUCCCAAGAUGGAUUGGAAAUCUAUCAAUUUUAGGAGUUAUUGCAAUGUCAAAUAAUGAACUUGAAGGUCCAAUUCCAAAAGAACUAUGUCAAAUUGAUGAUCUUCAAAUUUUGGACAUUUCAAAUAACAAUAUCUAUGAACUACGCUUGCUAGAUCUCUCUCAAAACAGUCUCUAUGGUAAAAUUCCCUCUUGCUUGGAUUUCACUGCCCUACAUGAAGAAAAUGGGAAUGAGGGGAUAAUCCAUUCGGAAGUGAAGAAUCCAUACAGUUCACAACAAAAAAGUAUAUCCUACUCCUACAAGGGAAGAAUCCUCACAUCUAUGUCUGGAAUUGAUCUUUCUUGUAAUAAAUUAUUCGGUGAAAUUCCUGAUCAAAUCGGAAACCUAACCGCAAUUCACGCUCUUAAUCUUUCUCAUAAUAAUUUGACAGGAUCAAUCCCAAUAACAUUCUUAAAUCUCAAACAAAUUGAGAGCUUGGAUCUUUCUUACAACGAUUUGAAUGGAAAAAUUCCUUCAAAUCUAGUAGAGAUAUACACAUUGUUUGUUUUCAGUGUGGCACACAAUAAUUUAUCAGGAAAAACACCUGAAAGGAUUAACCAAUUAGCAACUUUUGAAGAAGGUAGCUAUUUAGGAAACCCUUUUCUUUGUGGACUGCCUUUGAACAAAAGUUGCAACCCAGUGGAAUCACCAUCAUUGACACCUGGAGCUUCAGCAGACAACAAAGAAGAUGAUAAUGAUUUUGUUGACAUGGACAUCUUCUAUAUCACUUUCGUGGUGACCUACAUAGUUGUGCUUUUAGUGAUUGUUGGAAUUUUGUAUGUGAAUCCUUACUGGAGACGAACACGGUUUUAUCUUGUGGAGAAAUUGAUAAUCUCCUGUUACUACUUUGUUAUUGACCAUCUUCCAUAAUUUCGUGGUUGAAUUAUGAUUGUAAUAUUACAUGUAUGUCAAUUUUUUCUUUUUCAAUAAUAUGUAUUUUCUUUAAGUCAAAUGAUGAAAUAAAUCUA